AAAAAAAAGAAAUGAAGAGAAAACGAAAAAACGAAAAGAAAGAGAAGAAACAAAGAAAAAGAGAAGAAACGAAAAGAAAAAGAAGAAACAAAGAGAAAGAGAAGAAACAAAAAGAAAGAGAAGAAACGAAAAAAAAGAGAAAGAAUGAAAGAAAAGAGAAAGAAAAAGAAGCAGAAGAAAAGAAAAAAAGAGAAGGAAAAGAACAAAAGAACAAAAAAAAAAAGAAAAAAAAGAAAAAAAAAGAAAAGAACGAUGAAAAGAAAAGAACAAAAAAAAUAAGAAAUAAAGAAAAUGAAAAAAAUGAAAAAAAUGAAAAAAAAUGA